AAGGAAGUAGUGCGGAGGUGAAUCCCUGCGGCGCAACGUGAUGCGUUUGUGACUCGCAGUACGGCCCACGAAAAAGCCCUUGUAAGUCGUCUUCAGUACCCUGUUUUCUGCCGCGAGAUAAAAAACGUACUUUUUGUUUGGCACUGACCGAACGCCUAAAAUUUACCAGUCGCGGGCAGCCAAUCAAACGUGCUCUAUUUUCAUCGGCGUAGUAGUACCCAGCUCGCCUCUCGCGCAGUGUUCGACAUCUGAUGAAGAAAAAAAUGAUGUCAGGUUAGAAAGUGGCUGUCGUUCCUUUCUUCGAGACUGAGAAAUGCCGACGUUUCUAGACAUUUGGUGAUCUUCGAGGUACGAACCCAGCCUGGAGCCAAGCAUGCCGGCGAUUCUGUUGGAUCGGUUGCCCCUGCCGAGCUUGCAGGCGUACACGGUCAUCAGCGUCUUGCUGCUAUCGGGAUCGGUUUAUUAUGCCUUUCAAGUCACCUCGCAGCUGGAAUGGAAGAUCAACGCGACGUUCAACUUUGACUUCACCACGGAUAUUGAUACCUCGAUGACUGUGGGCAACCUUACUUUCGUGAGCAACCAUCAGCUUACGCUUGAACAGUUUCUGUUGGAGCAUCACUGCAUACGGCGGCUGUUGGAGAUCGUUUACUUCAUGUUUCAAGAACCACUCUGCGUAUGGACUCUGAUCAACAUGGCCUAUUGCUGCCUGAUUCUGAUUGGAAAAGUCAUACAGAAGCUUGUGUUCGGCGAGCUUCGUGUCUCCGAGCAGCAGCACAUGAAAGACAAGUUCUGGAACUUCGUCUUCUACAAAUUUAUCUUCAUUUUUGGUGUGAUGAACGUUCAGUACAUGGAUGAAGUGGUUCUCUGGUGCAGCUGGUUUUCUGUCCUGGGUUUCCUCCACCUCCUGGCUCAACUUUGCAAGGAUCGAUUUGAAUAUCUCUCAUUUUCUCCAACCACACCAAAGUUGACACACAUACGCCUGCUUGCACUGCUGUGUGGCAUCCUGCUCCUUUCAUUGGGCCUUUUUGCUGUAUGUGUUGUGGUGGGCCUACACGCAGGUGCCAACACAUUUGCUUUUAUGGCAGCUGAGUGUUCACUCGUCACAGUACGAACAUUGUACGUGAUAGUGAGGUAUGGGAUCCACCUAUGGGAUAUCCACUGUGACAAAGUGUGGGAAAACCGUGCUGCGUAUGUGUAUUACGCCGAGCUCUGCUUUGAGUUGACAGCCCUUGCCAUCGAUUUCUGUCAUGAUCUCCACAUGCUGCUCUGGGGAAACAUUUUCCUUUCGAUGGCCAGCUUGGUGAUCCUGAUGCAAUUGCGGUAUCUGUUCUAUGAAAUCCAGAGACGUGUCAAAAAACACAAGAACUACUUGAGGGUUGUGAAGCAUAUGGAAGCCAACUAUCCAAUGGCUACAACAGAUGAACUGGAAAAAAAUAGUGAUGAUUGUGCAAUCUGCUGGGACCACAUGGAGUCUGCAAGAAAACUUCCUUGUGGCCAUCUCUUCCACAACUCAUGUCUGCGAUCAUGGUUGGAGCAGGACACAUCGUGCCCAACAUGCCGGAUGUCCCUGUCUGAGCCAGGAGGAGCCUUGGCUGGAGAGAGCCUACGAGAUGAGAGCCGUAACACCGCAUUGCUGUUAGGGGCUCUCGGAGGUCAAGAGGAUGCUCCACGGCUACAACAGAAUGCUACCACAAACCACUUUUUCCACUUUGAUGGUUCACGCUACGUCAGUUGGCUUCCCAGCUUUUCUGUAGAAGUAACACAUACCAACCUCCUUGGCGGGCAGCCACCACCUCCUGUACAGACCUCACAGCUUGACAACAUGGCUCGCCAGGUGCAACAGAUGUUCCCAGGUAUGCCAUUAAACACCAUUGUCGAAGACCUGCGGAGCACUCGGUCUGUCGAGCUUACAAUUGAAAACAUUCUAGAUGAACGCCUCGUAGCACCUCCUACAUCCAUGUAUCAAACUGCUGUGCCAAGAAACAGUCGAGGCACAGUUUACCAUGCUGGUUUUCAGAAUCAUGGGCUAGACACUCACAAAGAAGCACUUGCAGAUGAGAGAUUUCCAAGAAACUCUUCUGCAAGUGCUCUGGAUUCCAGUUCCGCAAUGUUUCUUGAAGAUCCUGAACCAUAUUCCCAGGCUGAGGAAGCAUCCACAUCAGGGGACAACAGCAUGGGACCACAAGUUGGUGGCCGCUUCUCCAAAUCACCUAGUGAGAGAGAACGCAUGCUGUCACGGAGGAAAGAGGAGCUUCUCAAAAUGGCCCGCAAGAAAUUUCUGGAUCGAUCAAAAGGCGGACCUUCACUCCAAAACCUACGGCUGGCGUCAGACCUGUCGAGCAUGCCUCUCAGCCAGGCCCACCGACGGUCGCGCCAGCCUCACUUGGGAUCUUGAGGGAGGGAGACCUGCCUCAGUGUGGGCUGUGAGGUGCCCUUGUGGACAUCACACCCAUUUUGUACAGUCGGUCAACUGUAGUGAGACUGGUGUUCUCAUGGUCACUGUUAAAUCACAUGGACAUCGUUGCAAACAGAAGAAAGCAGUAGCCUUCUUGAAAGUCUUAGAAAGAUUCUGCAGUGAGCUUCUUUUUUUUUUUUUCCUUCUUAUAAGUCUGAACACGUGCAUGUGUGUGUGUGUGUGUGUGUGAAAAUGUGCAUUCGAUCUUCUGGUGAUGCCAUCCUGCAUAUCGGCCAUUCGUGCACAAUGAAGCAUCUUCUGACUGUGGGUGCUACAAGUGUGUUCUCCAAAUCCAAUGUCUACAGACUCUUAUGUGUUUUCGGCAUCGUACUCUGCAACCGGGAACAUUUAAAGGCAGCCAAGCCAGGACAGGUGGAGAUGUCCAGUUGUGUGCUGUGCUUUGUGGGAGCUUGGUAACUGCAUUUGUGUUCAUUUUUGCAUGGAUAUGCUCUCCUCAGCAAGCUAGCCUCCAGAUUGGACACCAGUUUUCUGACCGUCAAAAUAUUUUCCUUAUGCACACUACUGGCUGUGGAGAUCUGCAUGCACAAGAAGGCAUAUGUAUUUUCAUCCAGAUUUAGGGGGAAAAUUAUUCAGUAAUGAUAGUAUAGUAGCUAGCUACUUUCAUGGGCAGUUGCCUACUGGUUUCUGGUAAUGCACCACUAAUGCCUACACAUGCAACAGGAAGUCUUGGGAGAUGGUGCUUCACAAGCAUUGUUCAUUCUCCUGGAUCAACACAUGCAAAAGAUUUUGUCUAAAUUAAGAUUUGUGCCUGUAACUUGCUGUUUGUAACACAUAGGGUUUCCUUGCAGAAGUUCUUUAUUAAAUUACAUUAUUUCAGUGCAUUUGACUGGUCUUUUGAAGCCUCAAUCUUUCCAAGCUUUGUCUUUUUUACAUUAUAAUGAAAUGCUUGUUUAAUAGACUCUUCCAUAACAUCCUCUAGAAUUUUUUGCUCCUUCGCAUACAUUCACCAAUUUACCUAUUUCCCCCAGCUUAAAGGGGUGGCGCCAUCAAAUUUCGAGGUCAAAAAAGCUCCUUGUGGGUUUCCUCUGUAUGCUAGGACACUCCUUGUGAAAUGUUGGACACAGCAGACAUUUAGAAUAUAUUUUAAUUUACCUCCAAAGUGUACUUAAAUGCUCAUUCUCUCUACUGAAGCCAUCGCAAGCACAUUCAAAACUAUUGUAGCUCUGUAGGAAUGACAACGAAAGUUGUAGUGACGUCGCACCAUGUUUGUAGUGAGCGUAGGCUUCCCCUUCUGAGGGAGACAAAGGUUCAGGUUCAUCGCAGUGCACCCCCUCCCUGUUAUGUCAAUGUAUGGGGCUGACUUUGCACCAUACCCCCUUAAAUCACAGCACCCUUUUUCUAUUAUGUCAGUGUGUGGGGCUGUUUGCAACCCCCCCCCCUUGCAGGCGACUAUGGUGGUGGCCACCCCCUUACACCCUUCCCGUGUGCACGCCUAGUAGUGCAGUGAGUGACCUCCAAAGACCUCCGCCACGUACGUACAGGCAAAGCAUCGCAGCUGCUGCACGUUUGUUUUGCGGAUGCAUGUGUGGCAGAUGUUUGCGAGAGCAGACGAUAAUCAGCACGUCUGCACAGCCUUAUGUGGUCACAUGACCAAACCACCUAUACUGCUAGAUCUCAGCCAAAUUCGGCGCCCAGAUACCGAAACCGAAAACUGUCCACAUAAAAAAGGCGAUAUUGAAUUAUUUACCGAGAAUAAAAUAAUCUUAAUUCGUGUAUAUCAUGCUGCUCAGAGCUAUAAGAAAUGCUUGCAGCAAAGAACGCGCAAGCCACAAUUAUGGUGGCACCACCCCUUUAAUGCCACAUUUGCUUUAAUGGCUGUUGUGCAACACAGCCGUCUACCUUAUCUGUACUGUUGAACAAGCACAAGAACAAAGAAGCAUUUUAGAUGUCUUUUUUUUAGUUAGAUUAAUAAGCACCACGUUAAGUACUCCAGAAAGGCAGGAAGUUGCUUUUGUUUUUACUGGUUCUCAUGAAGCAAACUAGUUUUCAAUUAUGCUGAAUCGAAACUUUACAUUGUGCAAGAAGAAACAUGUGUACUUAAUAUAUUGCGAAUUGUGUACUGGAUAGACGUAAGUGCUUCUGCCAUCGAAAGAAUACUGCAGUGGCUGUCUAACGUAAAUUUAGCAUUGCUACCAAAUAUUGUGCUAAUGUUAAAGAGCAUAAUUGUCAAGUAGCCUGCUUUGUUAUUCAUAGCUUAUGCUGUUUUUAUUUUUGUUAGAGCGUCAUGUGUUUGCUUUGACAGCUAUGGCGCAUCUUAUUUCCAGGCAAAUCUUUUCCAAGCCAGCUUGUCAUGUCUGCUUUGAAAUCUUUUUAAACUUAACUGCUAAUGAGCGAUGCUACUUACUUGCUGCACUGUUCACUGUGUACCUUACCGAUUGACUAUCAUGCUUCUCAGAUUUUUAUUUUAAGGCUGCUGAGGGUAUGUGAGGGUUGUUAGUGUGUUUAUGAGCCAAAGAUAUGUGCUUGCAAUUCACCUAUGGCAUGAGAUAUGGUAGAGUACUUUGCUACUGGCAUAUUCAGAGGUCUUGUGAAUCAACCUUUUCUCUUUUUUUUUACAUGUAGUUGUGCAUGUAUUUAUGUUAUUGUCUGUACAGUGUUUUUCCCAACAGGUUAAGUUAAAGGGCAAAUAUGUUGCUUUCACCCUAGCUUUUUGUAAAUCUUGCUUCUAUGAAAAGUGAAUAAAGUUGUUGCUCAAAGUAAAUAGACACCUUUAGUGCAGCACACUAUGUUAUGCAGAGAAAACUCUCAGCAGAGCAUUAUAUAAUUUAUGGUAGCUACACAAACAUGGAAAAAAAGGAAAGCUUGCCUAUUUUUCAAAGUGUCUAAUAUCAAUAAUACUCUUGUGUUUCUGUGAACUUUUGGCAUACUUUGUCAUUUUCACAAGCUUUCUAGGAAGCUAUGUUACAAGCUGUCGGUACUGAUAUUGAGCUCUUCAUUUAAUCUACUUCGUGUGUUGGGGAGGUUACGAGGUUGUGAGCACUGUGGAGUAUGAACAGAAUUGUAUUUGACAAACAUAGUAACAGUUGACCCAUGAUACCUUAUAGACGGCCAACCUUGUCAGGUUGGUGCCAUCAUUGAACUAUUAUGCAUAAUUGCCAAUUGUAUUGAAAAAAUCAAUACAAUCGGAAUGUAAUAAUGGAAACUAUUCAUUGCGUAUAUCCUUCCUUGAAAUAUUGGAAAAUGAAUAAAAGUUGUCCUAAAACAA